UCCGCCGGCCUGGACGCCGGUGCGCACGCGCGGCCGCUCACCUGUGCACUGCGGCGGACCGGGGGCUGGUGCUGAGGUGUUGAGUUCCCUGGGGCGCCCACUCUGUUGCCAGUCUCCCUGAGCCCCUUCGCUGGGACCGCGGGGUCCCGCCUCCCACCGGUGUUGGCCGAGUGCGGCGCGUGGCGCUGGGCGGGCUCCCGCUUCUCAGCCCUGGGGCCUCGCGGGGCCCGCGAGUGCCCAUAAGGAGCACCAGGCAAUAAUGAAGGUUCUUUUAUUGAAAGAUGCAAAGGAGGACGAUUGUGGCCAGGAUCCAUACAUCAGGAAUAGCCCCUGCCAAUCCAGAACUAUUUUUUCAUUUGCAGGAAUUAGCAUUGUAUGGACUUGAAGCCACAUUGAUCCCUGUUUUAUCCUUUGAGUUUUUAUCUCUUCCAAGUUUUUCUGAGAAGCUGUCUCAUCCAGAAUGUUACGGGGGACUCAUUUUUACCAGCCCCAGAGCAGUGGAAGCAGUGGAAUUAUGUUUGAAGAAAGACAAUAAAACUGAAGUCUGGGAAAAGUCUCUGAAAGAAAAAUGGAAUGCCAAGUCAGUGUAUGUGGUUGGAAAUGCUACCGCUUCUCUAGUCAGUAAAAUUGGCCUGGAUGUAGAAGGAGAAAACUGUGGAAAUGCAGAAAAGCUGGCUGAAUAUAUUUGUUCCAGAGAGUCACCAGCAUUUCCUCUUCUCUUUCCCUGCGGAAACCUCAAAAGAGAAAUCCUGCCAAAAAUGCUGAAGGACAAAGGAUCGAACCCAUGGCCUCACACAUGCAAGGCAAGCACUGUACCACUGAGCCAAAACCCCAUCUCCUGUUUGCUUGUUUUGAUUGUGCCUAGGAAUUCAGAUGGAAAGCAUAACUGUCUAUCAGACGAUUCCACACCCAGGAAUCCAAGUGAACCUGGACAGCUACUAUUCCAAGCAGUUUGCAGCUAUUGGCCCCACCACAGCCCACGCUCUGACUGCCAAGGGCCUGCCUGUGAGCUGCACAGCAGAGAGCCCCACGCCUCAAGCGCUGGCUGCUGGCAUCAGAAAGGCACUGCAGCCCCAAGGCUGCUGCUGAGUCAGCUGUGGCCCUGGCCCCAUGUGGCCUUCUCCACCUGGCUUCUUCCCCAUGGGGGAAGGCAACAUCAGAUAGCGGCUCUGGAGAAGCUGCCACCAUCAAACUCCUACCUCAUUCCUGAACGGAAGCACCUGGAUGGGAGGUGGGGUCAGCCCGGGGCCAGUGUCAGGCCUCCUUGCAUGUCAUUGCCCUCCAUGAAGGCCAGCUUGAAACCAGCCAGGUGCAUGUGGUUCCUGGACUGUGCAAGAGCUUCCUGUGCCCAGCAGGAAGGAAAUCAAAUAAAGCACACUGGCUGCAUGUGCCCACCGAGUGUGUGUCUCAACUCAACCUGUGUGGUUUUCAGUGCAAAGCUGUGUUCAGAGGGGGGAACAGAUAUGCCCACCUCCGUUGACUGACAAGCCUGGUAUUAAUGAUAAAAUUUGCUGUGUAUGAAAAAAAAAAAGACCUUCAAGUUCCUGCUUGUGAGCUGUGGUCAACUGGGAUUCAAAUAGAAUUUUUUUCUUUUUUCAUUCAGAAAUGUAACUACAGCACUGCUCAGUUAGACCAGCUGGCCCCUGGCAUCUAGAGGCUGGAUUUACUUAGAAAUGUAGUGUCCCUAGAGAAUCUAUCUCCAAACUCUAUUUCCACUCUUUAAUACUGCCCUGUAUUUGAGCUGGGUUAAGGAGACCCACAUUUGUUUUCUAAUAGCCUAUAGCGGGAAAAGGUCACUAUGCCCUUGGGAUUCUUGUCUCCUUGAAAGAUCAGGUUGGAAUGAUCUUAUGCUGGGCACCUACCAUGCCCCGAGGAAAGGGAAAGCUUUAUGCCUGUGACAGUCCUCAUAACAACCUUGGAGGGUGGGCAUUGCUAUCAUUCCUACUUUUCUGGUGUAAAAACAGGCUCUUCAAGAGGUGAGAAUACAUGUUCAAGGUCAUAGCUAGUAAAUGAUUAAAAAAAGACAAAUUUAAAAGACAUUUAUGAAUGCAGCACAAGGGCCAGGACAUCUCCUGUGGUUCUCCAGAUCUCUAGACCUCAGUGUGACUUGACACUUCACACUUGUGACUUGAUACUUGACAUGGUUUGAAUGUGUCCCCAAAGCUUCGUGUGUUAGGAGCUUAGUCUCCAGUAUGAUGGUGUGGGAGCUGAUGGAACCUUCAAGAGCCAGGUCCUGGCAGGAGGUCCUUAGGCCACUGGGGUGUGCCCUCAAAAGGGGUUGCAGGACCCCACUCCCUCCCUGGCUUCCUGUCUUUGUUCCCUGCGUGGCUUCCCAUCCCUGCCAUUCGACUGAGGCAGUGUAGCAUGAGGGUGUCCUCGUAAGAGCCUGGGCAUGUGUUUGGACUUUUAGACUCCAGAACUGAGCUAAAUAAACCUCUUUUAUUUCUAAAGUUA